AUGACGUCCGCAUCGGCAAGACGGACGACUGCUCAAUCCAUCUGCAUUAUCGGUGCUGGUCCGAGUGGUCUUGCAGCGGCGAAAUAUCUUAUCGCUGAGGGAAACUCCUCGGAAAUCGUGAUCUUCGAGCAACGCGACAACGUCGGAGGACUUUGGAAUUACACAUCAAUAGACGAAGACAUUCACGCGCUACCACGGAUACCUCUCCCGCAGACAGACCCAUACUAUGUGCCCCAUAACAGUGAGCAACAGCAUAUCAUUCCGGGCCAGAAGCCGACUUUCACGACACCCAUAUAUGAUGAGCUAGAGACGAAUAUUCCGUUAGAAUUACUAGGUUAUUCGGACCAAGGCUGGGCUGAAGAGACCCCUCUAUUCCCAGAUCAUGCAACUGUGCUAAAGUAUUUGGAGCGCUAUGGUCAAAAAGUACGACACUUGGUCAGGUUCGCGACACAAGUCUUGGACGUCCAGCUCGAUGCUGCAGAGAAGUGGACAGUCACCACACAAGCAAUCGGUGAUAUGGCUGGCAACAAGCAGACGAUUAAGCAGUCGACAACUUUCGACGCAGUCCUCGUAGCUAAUGGUCACUACGACGUGCCCUUUGUUCCAAACACACCAGGUAUCACAGAAUGGAAUGCGGCUUACCCGGGACGCAUUUCACAUUCCAAGUAUUUCCGACAAUCAAAGAGUUAUUCUGGCCAAAAAGUGGUCGUGGUGGGCAACGCAGCAUCUGGCAGCGACAUUGGCCGGCACAUUGCCAAUUACUGUAGCUUACCGCUAAUCUUCUCGACACGCUCAGAGAAUUAUUUCAUGCCUGCUGACACUGUUUCUGACCGCUAUGACAUGCGGCCGGAAAUUGUGGCAUAUGAGAUCGCCAACCGGGCCGUUCGAUUUGCGGACGGCAGUAGGGUCACCGACGUAGACCGUAUACUUUACUGUACAGGGUAUUACUACGCAUAUCCCUUUUUGAAAAGCUUGCAAAAAUCUGCCGCGCCUCUCAUUGGCGACGGCACGCGCGUGCAAAACCUAUAUCGACACCUUUUCUACCAGCCAGCACCCACACUUAUCUUUCUGGGGCUACCACAAAAAGUCAUCCCUUUCACUGUCGCGGAAGUGCAAGGCGCUGUCGUGGCUAAAGUUUUAGCUGGGAAGGUAGAGUUGCCAAGCGAACCAGAAAUGCAGGCAUGGGAAGCGGAUGAGAUAGAACAAAGAGGUGAUGGUCGCACCUUUCACACACAACCUUUCCCUGACGACGCCAACUAUAUCAACACGCUACACGAUUGGGCAUGCUCGUCAGAGGGAGGCAAGCGACCUCCAAGAUGGGAGGAGAAACAGUAUUGGGUCCGUGAGAGGUUUCCCAAGAUCAGGACUGCAUUCAUUGAAUUGGGUAAGGCGCGAACAGACGUACAUCGCAUGGAAGAGGUCGGAUUUGAUUUCCUGCAGUGGAAGCUAGAGGCAGAGCAGGCACAGUUGUUAGAGGAUGAUGUUCCGCAUCCAGAGGGCCAGCUUGCUUAG